ACCCCGCGUGGGCGCCGGGCGGGCGGCCCAUGGCCAGAGGGCAGUGCAGGGACCGGGCCGCUGCCGCCGGAGCCCGCCACUCCGGACGCCCCGGCCGCCUCCGCCGCAUUGUCCCGGGCCGCGCGCCCCAGCCUUGAGCCGCGCCGCCCGCGGGGCGAUGCGGAGAGCCGCGGCGAUGGAGGACUUCGUGGACGAGGAGGAGCCUUGGUACGACCAGCAGGACCUGGAGCACGACUUGCAUUUGGCGGCUGAACUGGGGAAGACGCUGCUGGAGAGAAACAAAGAGCUGGAGGAGUCGCUGCAGCAGAUGUACGCCACCAACGAGGAGCAGGUGCAGGAGAUCGAGUACCUGACCAAGCAGCUGGACACUCUGCGGCACGUGAACGAGCAGCACGCCAAAGUGUACGAGCAGCUGGACCUGACGGCGCGUGACCUGGAGCUGACCAACCAAAAGCUGGUGCUGGAGAGUAAGGCUGCCCAGCACAAGAUCCAGGGGCUGACGGAGACGGUGGAGCGUCUGCAGCCGCAGGUGGAGGAGCUGCAGGCCCAGGUGGAGCAGCUGCGGGGCCUGGAGCAGCUGCGUGCCCACCGGGAGAAGCGGAGCCGCCGCCGCACCAUCCAUACCUUCCCCUGCCUCAAGGAGCUGUGCACCAGCCCCCGGUGCGAGGACGCACUGCGCCUCCACAGCUCGUCCCUGGAGCUGGGCCCGCGGCCCUUGGAGCAGGAGAACGAGCGGCUGCAGGCGCUGGUGGGCGCGCUGCGGGCGCAGGUGGGCCAGGAGCGGCAGCGGCGCGAGCGCUCAGAGCGCGAGUUCGCGGCGGUGCUGGCUGAGUCGGCCGAGCUGGAGCAGCGGCUGUGCGCGCUGGAGGGCUGCCGCCUGCGCGUGCAGGAGCUGGAAGCCGAGCUGCUGGAGCUGCAGCAGAUGAAGCAGACCAAGACCUACCUGCUGGGCCGCGACGACCACCUGGCCGAGGCCCUGCUGGCGCCGCUCACACAGGCGCCCGAGGCCGACGACCCGCAGCCCGGCAGCGGGGAUGACUCGGGCAUCCAGGACUGCGCGGCCGCGUCGCCGGCCACCUCGCCGGGCCACAGCGUGCGCAAGAGCUGCAGCGACACGGCGCUCGAUGCCAUGGUGGCCGGGGACCCAGCCGGCCGCCAUGUGGCUAGCCUCACGCUGCACGCCCACGGCGUGCGCCGGCGCGGCAUGUCCAUCUUGCGCGAGGUGGACGAGCAGUACCACGCGCUGCUGGACAAGUACGAGGAGCUGCUGGCCAAGUGCCGGCCGCGUGGCGCGGGGGUGCGGCACGCUGGCGUGCAGACCUCUCGUCCCGUGUCCCGUGACAGCUCCUGGCGGGACCUGCUGGCCGGUGACGACGGCCAGGCCGAGGCCAGGGCUGAAAAAAGCCUGAGCCAGCACGUGGAGGCGGUGGACAAGCGGCUGGAGCAGAGCCAGCCUGAAUACAAGGCGCUGUUCAAGGAGAUCUUCUCGCGCAUCCAGAAGACCAAGGCAGACAUCAGUGCCACCAAAGCCAAGACACACAAUGGCAAGUGA